ACCCACAAUAAACAUAGUCACGUGUUCUUUUACCGCCAAUCCCUGAGCUAUGGAGAACCGAGUGGAGAGAAGUAGUCUAGAUAUUGAAGAAGAGGGAUACAUAGAGAAUGAGGAGGAGGAAGAAGAUGGAGAAGAAGAAUGUGAUGAGUCUGAAUCAGAGGAAGAGCAGAAAGGAGGAGAAGUGUGUCCCGAUAAUGGCCAAAAGAAGAGAAAGAGGAAAAGGAAGUCCACCAAACAGCCUGGACAUCGUAGAAACAUAAAAUCCAAAUAUGAGAGUAUUGAAGAUUUCAACCCAGAGGCACUUAUGGCCCAGACCGAAGAGCUUGAGCGUAUUAAACGACUUGAACAGCUACAGAACCAAUUGGACGAUCAGUCGCUUGAGCAGUCAUGUGACCAGGAUAACCUCUUGGAGAGGAAAUCACCAAGUAAUGAGGUAGAAAGCCCACCGGUAGUUAUGGUUGACCUGACGGGUGACGAUGAUGAUGAUGAGAUAAAGGAGCCAGCCUCUUCCUCCUCCUCCUCCUCAGUAAAUGGGGACAUGGUUAUUCUAGAAGACAUCAGCUCAGCCAAAAAGCCAAGACGAGUCUCUGAGAUACACAAGAAGUACGAGGUGGCCGAGAGACGGGAGGACGGGCAGGUCCUGAUUAACGUGGGGCAUCCUUCAGGUGAGGGAGACGUGUUUUUAGUCCCUCAAAUAACUGCCAUUAUCAAGCCACAUCAAGUUGGUGGGAUCAGGUUUAUGUAUGAUAAUAUCAUAGAGUCACUUGAACACUAUAAAUCAUCGACGGGUUUUGGUUGCAUAUUAGCACAUGCUAUGGGCCUCGGGAAAACUUUACAAGUCAUUGGAUUUAUUGAUAUAUUUUUACGCGUUACAUCAGCCCAGCGUGUCUUGUGUGUUGUGCCAGUUAAUACACUCCAAAACUGGUCAAACGAGUUUGAUAAGUGGCUACCGGUUAAGAGUGAUAGUGACCAUGAUACUAAGGUUGUUCCACGUAAUUUUACUCUGUUCAUGUUAACCGAGAGCAUCAGGUCAAUGGAGAGUCGAUAUGACAUCAUCUCUCGCUGGUACAGAAUGGGCGGAGUCUUACUAAUGGGAUACGAAAUGUUUCGCCUUCUCUCAUUGUCAAUUCCUUCCAUUGGAGGUAAUAAAAUGGCUGUGAAGAGAAAGAAAAAGGUAAAGAGUGUUGGUCCAACUAUGAUAGAUCUUGAUGAAACUGAGAGAGAAAUGGACAUAUUGAUUGAGAUACAGCAAGCUUUGUGUAAUCCUGGUCCGGACAUGAUAGUCUGUGACGAAGGCCACAGAAUUAAAAACGACUCAACGAACAUUUCUCAAGCUCUGAAAAGAGUCAAGACCAGACGGCGCAUUGUAAUGACUGGGUAUCCACUCCAGAACAAUCUGCUCGAGUACUGGUGUAUGGUGGAUUUUGUGCGUCCGAUGUAUCUUGGGACUAAGGCGGAGUUUAUGGAUUUAUUUGAGAGACCGAUCAGCAAUGGACAGUGUAUUGAUAGCACUCUCAAAGAUGUUCAGUUAAUGAAAUUCCGUUCUCACGUCCUUCACGAGCUUCUAAAAGGAUUUGUCUUGAGGCGCGGUCAUGAUGUCCUACGAGAAAUCCUCCCUCCGAAAUUUGAACAAGUUUUAUUAUUACGUCUCUCUCAUGUCCAGCAGACUCUGUAUGACCUUAAUGUGACCAGUAACCAGAGCAGCACCAGUAGCACUAGUGCUUCUAUGGAGGCCAUUAAUAAAGCCUUCAACCUUCCUUCCAUUCCUCUACCUAUUCCUGUCAGUAGUAGCAGUACUUUAGGGCCUCUUAAAGCCUUUGCUGUUUGUACAAAGAUAUGGAAUCAUCCUGAUAUUUAUUAUGAUCAAUCGGUCAAUCAGAAGUCAAGCACUAAUGAAAGACUUUUCGACGAAGAUGGUCUCCCUCAAUCAAUCACACAGUGUAACUUGGAAUGGCCUCACACUUCGCUGCCCGAGUAUCAGACUGGGGUCCUGGAGAACAGUCCUAAAAUGACAGUCUUGAGUUUAUUGGUAGACCUCUCUGUUGCUGCUGGGGACAAGAUCCUUAUUUUCAGUCAGAGUCUCCCCACUCUGUCCUUUAUUGAAAAGCUUCUCUCUUCUCGUUAUAUGCCAGUCCCUUCCUCCAUCACUCCUGAAGGCUCCUACCUCACUUCUGAUCAACCCUGGGUCAAAGGAAAGAAUUUCUAUAGGCUUGAUGGUAGUACAGGUAGUGUUGAACGGGAUCGUCUGAUUGGUCAGUUUAAUUCGCCUAGCAACCAAGCAACGUGGGCUUUCUUGCUAUCAACAAAGGCUGGUUGUUUGGGCAUUAAUUUAGUUGGAGCAAAUCGUGUGAUUGUUGUUGAUGUGUCUUGGAACCCUUGCUAUGACUCACAAGCCGUUUGCAGAGUGUAUAGAUAUGGACAAGUAAAGCCAUGUUAUAUAUAUAGACUAGUGACAGAUCUUUCAAUGGAGAAGAGAAUGUACGACAGACAAGUGACUAAACAAAGCAUGGCAGAUCGUGUUGUUGAUGAGUUGAAUCCUGAGAGACAUUUCACUGCAAAUGAGAUAUUUUCAUUAUUAGCUCCAAUGACUGAUGAUACGCCAUAUAUGGAUCUCUCUGUUCACUCUGAUGAGUUUAAUUAUGAUUUUGUGUUAGCAAGUUUAUUAAAGAGUCACAGUAAAUGGCUAACAAAACUGCCAUUCAAACACGAAUCACUGUUGCUUGACAGUGAAGAAAGACUCUCAGAUGUUGAGAAGUACGUGGCUAUGAAAGGAUUUCAACAGCAGCUAAUGGCAAUGAGAAGAGUACCUACUCCAGCCGUCCCAAUUCAUGCUCACCUACAGCAUCAGCAAGCAACCAUCAAUACACAACAAAUUCCUGUUCAACAAAAUAUUCAAGUUCCUGUACAACAGCAAAGUGUUAUAACACAGAGAGAAGGCAGUGCUGAUGGGCCCAGCAAGGAAGUUGAGGUCAUUUGUCUCGAUUCGGACUCAGACUCAGAAUUUGAUAAUUUAGUUCCAACAAAUGAAGUAUCAAAAUUGGGACUGCCUGUUGCUGUACCUCCAAUGAUUGUUAGGCCAUUACAUACUGCUGGAGCUCCUCAACAACAAAAUGAAGGAGCUACAUGUAGUCAAUUAGCACAAAAUGCAGCAAUGUCUUCCUUACCUUCUGCUAGUGUUCAACCCUCUCAGUUUUUAACUAUUAUCCCACCACAGGAACAGACUAAAGAGGAUGACACACUUUCACAAUACCUAUCUACUGGCAGCAUGUUACCACCAGUGACUGAGAUACAAGCCAGUUUUCAAAAUGAAGCUAGCACUUUUUCCAUCCAACCUGUUCAAAAUGCAGCACCUCUUCAAGUUGAAGAAGCAAAUCAAGACCAGCACACGCCCUCAGAAGCAGCUGUGGCACAAGCACUGGCUGGUUUUAUACAGUUUCAGCGACAAUUAUGCAAAUCAUUCAACACAACAAAAGAUGGGCAAUCGUCAUCUACAGAUAUCAUAAAUACACUCACUAAUACUCUACAUCAGGUACAAAAACAAUCCUUACCCUCCACCCCUCAAGCAAUAGCCACUCCCACUUUAACCACACCCAUCACAACACUAGACCCACUUGUAUCAAGUAGUCCUUCCAUCAGUCAGAUUGGUUCAGUACCACUAGCUAGUGUUGAUAGUGAUAUUCAUUCAUAUAUCAGUACUCUACAUCAGCAUACUCCUUUUACUUCAGCUCGUAAGGCAGCCAUUGUUGCUCCAAUAAGCCACCGCCCACCUGCAAUUAGCAGCUCUGUGGUUACUACUGUUAACACUGAAGGAAAUUCCAUUCAUAGUUCAACUUCGUUGUCAACAGAGACUCAGUUGAAAUAGGUACAUGUGAAUUUUGUGAUAUAAUAUUGUAUUUGUUAUAAUCCUUAAUGUAUAUUUUGAUAUCAGCAGCAGCAGUGCAGUUGAAUUUGCAUUGUGUAAUUAAGACGAAAUACAAUAAAACUUAACAGCAGUA